CCCCCCCACUCCCCGCCCCGCCGCCGCCCGCCCGCCUGCCCCCCGCGCGCCAUGGACUCGGACGAGGGCUACAACUACGAGUUCGACGAGGACGAGGAGUGCAGCGAGGAGGACAGCGGCGCCGAGGAGGAGGAGGACGACGACGACGAGGAGCCCGACGACGAUAACCUGGACCUGGGCGAGGUGGAGCUGGUGGAGCCCGGGCUGGGCGUCGGGGGCGAGCGGGACGGGCUGCUGUGCGGGGAGACGGGCGGCGGGGGCGGCGGCAGCGCCCUGGGGCCCGGCGGGGGCGGCGGCGGGGGGGGCGGCGGCGGGGGCGGCCCCGGGCACGAGCAGGAGGAGGACUACCGCUACGAGGUGCUCACGGCCGAGCAGAUCCUGCAGCACAUGGUGGAAUGUAUCCGGGAGGUCAACGAGGUCAUCCAGAAUCCAGCAACUAUCACAAGAAUACUCCUUAGCCAUUUCAAUUGGGAUAAAGAGAAGCUGAUGGAAAGGUACUUCGAUGGGAACCUGGAGAAGCUCUUUGCUGAGUGUCACGUAAUUAAUCCGAGUAAAAAGUCUCGAACUCGCCAGAUGAACACACGGUCAUCAGCCCAGGACAUGCCUUGUCAGAUCUGCUACUUGAACUACCCUAACUCAUAUUUCACUGGCCUUGAAUGUGGACAUAAGUUCUGUAUGCAGUGCUGGAGCGAAUAUUUAACUACCAAAAUAAUGGAGGAAGGCAUGGGACAGACUAUCUCAUGUCCUGCUCAUGGUUGUGAUAUCUUAGUGGAUGACAGCACAGUUAUGCGUCUGAUCACAGAUUCAAAAGUUAAAUUAAAGUACCAGCAUUUAAUAACUAAUAGUUUUGUAGAGUGCAAUCGACUGUUGAAGUGGUGUCCUGCCCCAGACUGUCACCAUGUCGUUAAAGUCCAGUAUCCUGAUGCUAAACCUGUUCGCUGCAAAUGUGGGCGCCAGUUUUGCUUUAAUUGUGGGGAAAAUUGGCACGAUCCUGUUAAAUGCAAGUGGUUAAAGAAGUGGAUUAAAAAGUGUGAUGAUGACAGUGAAACGUCUAAUUGGAUUGCAGCCAACACAAAGGAGUGCCCUAAAUGCCAUGUAACCAUUGAAAAGGAUGGAGGUUGCAAUCACAUGGUCUGUCGUAACCAGAACUGUAAAGCAGAGUUUUGCUGGGUGUGUCUUGGUCCCUGGGAACCACAUGGAUCUGCCUGGUACAACUGCAACCGCUAUAAUGAGGAUGAUGCCAAGGCAGCAAGAGAUGCACAGGAGAGGUCCCGGGCAGCCCUACAGAGGUACUUGUUCUACUGCAAUCGCUACAUGAACCACAUGCAGAGUCUUCGCUUUGAGCACAAGCUCUAUGCUCAGGUGAAGCAGAAGAUGGAGGAGAUGCAGCAGCACAACAUGUCCUGGAUUGAGGUGCAAUUUCUGAAGAAAGCAGUGGACGUGCUGUGUCAGUGUCGUGCCACUCUGAUGUACACUUACGUCUUCGCAUUCUACCUCAAAAAGAAUAACCAGUCCAUCAUCUUUGAGAAUAACCAGGCAGAUUUGGAGAACGCCACCGAGGUGCUGUCAGGGUACCUGGAGCGAGAUAUAUCCCAAGAUUCACUGCAGGACAUAAAGCAGAAAGUACAAGACAAGUACAGAUACUGUGAGAGUCGACGAAGGGUUUUAUUACAGCAUGUGCAUGAAGGCUACGAGAAAGACCUGUGGGAGUACAUUGAGGACUGAGAAGGGCCCUGCGUACCACGAACUCUGAAAACUUUACCAUCUAGAGUGCUCAUGCAAUUAAAACAAAAAACACAAAAAAGGAGGCACUAAGCCUGUUCUGACACCGCUGGUCUGUAGUACCGGAAUUCUGUUUUGUUAACGGAAAGUUUAAGUAAAUUAUAUUGUAAUAAAAAAAGGUAGAUAAACCAUUGUACAACAGUAUUCUAGGCCGCCAACAAGUGUGACAGAUGCACUAAAAGCCCUCCAACUUUGACUUGUAACGUAGCUUCAUCCUCCCAGCUGGCUCCUCUUCUCUUCUCUUUCUUUUCUUUCCCUGUGUGUAGUACAGUUCACCCUAAAACACAGUUUCUUGACACUGCUUUUCAUGUCCAGACCAGCCACUUUGUUGUACUUUGGUAAGGGAUCUCUUCUCCUCCCCAUCCCUCCCUUCCCCUGCUCACUCCUCUCCUCUCCCUCCUCUCCCCUGAGUGCCCACAUGUCCAAUGCUGACCCAGCUCUGUGGGGGGGGAGGGGGGAGCAAGCAGCAGGGAAGGAACUUUGUACAUGACUUUUAAACCCAGAGGACAACACAGUAUUUUUCAAAAUUGUAUAUAGCGCAUAUGCAUGGACAAAGCAAGCGUGGCACGUGUUUGCAUAAUGUUUAAUUACAAAAAAAAUAUUUAUUCUUUAAAAUUCUUCAAGAUUACGUCUAUUUGCUGUGCAUUUUGUUUCAGUUUGCUUCCUUUUCCGGGGGGGGAGGGGGGGGCUGGUGUGUUGGUCUCUCCACUCCUUCCUGGCUGUUUGGUUCCCCUCCGCUGCUGCCGCGGCUUCUCAGCCUGGCCCGUCUCGGGUGUGCCAUUGCUGGCAGUGGAUGCCACACCUGGAAUCCUGGCUCCCCGUACAGCACAGUUGAGGAGCACAGUGGGGGCCAAAUGGAGUGAGUGCGUGCUCUAAGCAGGGUUCUGAUGGGUGCGUGGUUCAGCCUUGUGUGCUCUUCAUCGAUUGGCCGAGGGCCAGCCCCACAGGAAGUGUGUCAGCAUCUCCGCGACUUCUGUCUUUUAAUGCUGCUUCAGAGCCUUUUAAAAUGUUAGCUGUGGCUCUUCACCUUUCUAGAAACCCUCCUACCCACCCUCUCUCCCCUAAUGUUAAACAGAAUGUUCUUUGCCUUGAAGACUUUUUUAAACCCCAAGCCAAAAAAAACACCACCAUUCAGUUCAUGAGAAACUGGAUUUGAAAGGAAUGGUGGUGAGACUGUUCAUGUGUGUUGCUGUGGAUUCCCUUGUAAGGUAGCAGCCCUGGAGAGCAGAGCCCCAGCUAAGGUGUCAGCUUUGCCCCAGAGCCAGCAGGGACAGGGUGGAUACAGGGGGUCUGCAUUAUCCAUGCUUGGGCAGUUAUGUCCUAGAGCUGUACUGAUUCUGUUCAACGCGAACACACCUGUUAGGCAGUUCCAGGGGUGACAUUUUUCGCUAGGCUGGCUUCCAUAAAUUUAAAAAUAAAAAUUGUUACCAAUUGGAAUGAAAAAUGAAUAGAGGUCCUAGUGGGCAAGAUCAGUUUGAGCCGUAAGGACCUCUUGUUCUAUCCCUGUAAAUGUUGUAUACCCAAGGAGUGAUUCAUUGCCUGUAACCUCCAUGAGGCAACUUUGCCCUGAUCAUUGAUUGCCACAAUAUGUUUUAGGGACAAAGUUCUCUUUCCUGUUAGCCUACAUGGGUUUUUACAAUGUCUUCAGCUCCUUUUAGGAAAAUUUGUGUAAGUGCUCUUUAGCACCCAGCUAAAGUCAGACAGCAUUGUGAGUGUGAGGUCCUCCCACUGUAUUACUGCAUUAUGCUGCUUCCUGAAAUAAGCCAUCUUACAAGAGCGUAUUCCUGCACCCUUCAGCCAUCCCUCUCUUGCUACCCUGGUUUCAGAUCUGAGCUCUCCCAGAGUUCAUUCUUUGCCUUUAGAGUCUUAUCAACCCUAAGAUUUACUUAGGGGUGGGGUUGAGAAACUUUUUGUUUAAAUCUUGAAUAAAGAUUCUUUUCCUGAGGUCUUUCCAGGUGCAGCUAGUGCUGCUUCAUAGAUGUACGUGGAUCAUUUUUAAAUGCUGGAGUGUUCUCUCUCUCCCCCCCCCCCCGCCUUUCCAGUUAAUUCUGCAGUUUUUAGGUUGGAGCUUUUAAAAUUUUCCCCUUAUAUCCAUUUUUUUGCAACAAGUAACCAAAACAGUAUGUGCUUUGUAAUAGCCUCCAACAACGAGAGAGAAUUGCUUUUGAGAUAAUGCAUUCUGGUAUCAUGUUGGAGGCCGAGGAUGUUGCAUGUGGGUGAAUUCAGUAGUUAGUCUGAGCCAGGUGGUUCAUUUUAUUCUGGUCCCUGAUUCUUAACUGUCACCAUAUUUGACACAAUUAUCUGUAAUGACUUUCUUGGUGGUUUUAGUGCCUAUAGCUGCUUCCCCAUUUCACCAACCUACAGGCCUUUGUUAGUAGUGGGCUCAGUUCACAUCCAGCACCAGGGUCAAUUUUCUUCUUUUUUCUUUCUUUUUCUUCUUUAAUGCAUGUUUCAAUUGAGCAGCGCACUGGGCAGAAGGUGAGAUUUCAGUGAAAUCCCAACCAGGAGCUCAGGAUAUAAAGCAAAAAUGUUCAGUGGCAGACCCCCAGUUCUGUGUAAAUUUUUACAACCCAGGUUGUGUGUAUGUGUAUACAUACAUGCAUAUUGUAUAUAUGUGUAUACGCAGAUCCAAGACUGGCUUUUGAUUUUCAAAACGGUUGAAUCUGUAGUGUUAAAUGUAGUUCAACCACUAUUAGGAAUGGAAAUUAAUACAAAGAGAAGAUAAGGGACUUGAUAUAACUGAGGUCCUUUUAACUAAAAAAAAAAAACCAUUAUAGAGCACUUGGGGGUGGGGGGAUGGUAAGACAAUCAGAUUGGUGGAUUGAUUAAAUGCUCCUAACCCUGUAAUUUUGUGCAUAGAGCACCUUGUGCUGUGGAAAUUAAUGUUCUUAGAUUUUCAUUGUAACUGGACUGUUCAGGUUGCCCAGAGGGAAAGAACAUUCCUAAUUCUAAUAAAAUAAACUUUUAUUUUGUUAUUCCAUUA